CAGUUGCAACUGGUUCAUCAUUUGGAGCUAUGGUUUUGAUUGCUUUUAUUAUCAUUAUAUAUGCAAAACAAAGGAGAAGAAACAAAAAGUUUUCACUUCUAUGGACUAAAGGAACUAUGAAGAACCAAAAUGUGGAAGCUUUUCUGAAAAGUUAUGGAUCUCUUGCACCAAAAAGAUACACAUAUGCAGAGAUAAGGAAAAUGACCAACAACUUUGAAGAUAAACUUGGUGAAGGAGGCUUUGGUACAGUUUACAAAGGAAAAUUACCUGAUAACAGCCGUUUUGUAGCUGUAAAAAAGCUGAACAAGUUGAAAGGAAACGGAGAUGAUUUCAUCAACGAGGUAGUAAGCAUGGGUAGGACUAACCAUGUAAAUGUUGUAACCCUCUUAGGGUUCUGUUUUGAAGGAAACAAACGAGCUCUUAUCUUCGAGUUCUUCCCCAACGGAUCACUUGAAAAGUUCAUAUUUACUGCAGAAACUGAUCAUUCAUUGACAUCAGAGACAUUGUUCAGCAUUGCAGUUGGAAUUGCUAAGGGACUUGACUACUUGCAUAGAGGUUGUAACACGCGAAUUCUACACUUUGAUAUCAAGCCUCAUAAUAUUCUUCUUGAUGAAGAACUCCGUCCAAAGAUUUCAGAUUUCGGACUUGCUAGACUGUGUCCUCCAAAUCGAAAGGAAAGUUUGGUAUCAAUGUCAGGAGCAAGGGGGACAAUUGGGUACAUUGCUCCAGAAGUUUUCUGCAGAAAUUUUGGAGGAGUUUCUCAUAAAUCAGAUGUUUAUAGCUAUGGGAUGAUGCUGCUGGAUAUGGUAUGUGGCCGAAACAACAUAGUUUCUGAAGCUAAGGGAAGCAGUGAAGUGUACUUUCCUGAAUGGAUAUAUAGUCAGCUCGAGGUUGAAGAUGAGCUUCAAAAUGACAUUGAGGUUCAUGGGAUGAUAAAGGAUGAUGAAGAGAAAGAGGUACGAAGAAAGAUGAUUUUGGUGGGAUUAUGGUGUAUACAAUCAUAUCCUUCGAAUCGACCACCUAUGAACAGAGUUUUAGAAAUGUUGGAAGGUCCUCUUGAGUUACUACAAGUGCCUCCCAAGCCACACUUAUCUUCUCCCCCAACUUCUGCAUUCGGUUCUUCUACAAAACCUGUGUUUAGCACAGGUUAGGUUUUUCAUCAUUAGUCAAAUCAACAAAUCUAGUGGAAAUAGUCCCACAUUGAAUGUUUAAACUGUAGUAUGUAUAUUUAUAAACCAGAGGAAAUGAAUAACAUAGCACGACCUUGCUUGAA